AACCGAUGACACCAGAAGGAAACCCUAAAACCAGUUGAGAAUCGAAUCAACUCUAUGGAUUUUGCCUUAGACGAAUAAUUUGUUCACGAGCAGAACGAACUGUUGGGGACAAAUGGGCGAAAGAGAGACGGAAAUUGAAGUCCGAACCCUAACCGGUGAAACGAUCACAGUCUCCAUUUCAUUGAAUAGCACAAUUCAUGAACUCAAGCUUCUCCUCAAACAAAUCUUUCCUCCCGCAACCACCUCCUCGAACUUCCACCUUUUUCUCAAGGGCACGAAACUAGGUUUGCAGAGUCAGAUAAGUAGUAACUUGAUUAACCAUGGAGAAUUUAUCGUUCUUAUUCCAUUUACGAAGAAGGACAAGCAGCAAACAGUGAAGCAAGGGGCGAAUGAAACAAAUUCUCAAAAUCUCCAUCAGUGUUCCACCUCAAAAUUUGCUGAAUUAGCUUGGUCUGAUAUGAUGCAAGACCUAUCCUCUCUCCGGGAUCGAGAGACUGAUGGCAAUGAGAGUCAUUCUCAUGUUGACGUUGGAAGCACCAAUUCUGACAAUCAAAACAAAGCAAAUAAGAGAAAUUGUAAGAGCUUGUUUGAUGAGGCAAUACAUGAGUUUUUGAACACAUUGCAGUCAUGUCACAAUGAUGAGUUGGAUGAAAAGAGUUGCGAGAGGUUUAUGCAGAUUUUGGAGUCAGUUAAUUGUUUAUCUGAUCCAGGAACCAGGAAUUGUAUAAUUGGGACUGCAAAUAUACGAGCCAGUGAAAUCAACUGUACUGCUCACAGUAGCUAUUCAUGCUUUUGUCCAUCAUGGCUGAAGGUUCUAUUGAAGGCGUUUUAUUUCUUGAACAUUUACUGUACUUUUCUUCAAGUGCAGCAGAAAAAAGUUACCCAGCAUAGUUUGGAGGGAGGACUGCAUCAGCUAUGCAAGUUUGGACUUGGAUUUGAAUAUGCUGAUCUUGAGAAUCUUGCUGUGCUCUGUCCUCAGGUUAUACAAUUUAUUAACAAUGAGACAGAGGGUAGAAGGUCAGACAAUGCCAUUGUUGUCAUUAAGUCGAAAUUAGAUCUUAAAUGCCAAAUUAAAGGUAAGAGAAAAAUGUCUAUUGCAAGAGUAGUUAAUACCAUGAGAAAAAGAGAAGGUGCCUUCAAAGCAGGUUUAUUGGCAGCUGUUAAAUCAUUUAUGGAAAAAAGGGGUAACGAGACGAUCAAGUCAUUAUCCUUGAACGAUCUUUUGCUACAUGUAAAUGAAGGAGAUCAAAAAGCAACUAAAAGUGAUGCUAAGCGAACAAAGAGAAGCUUGUCUGAACCCUCAGGUUCUUUUUCACCUGUAGCACAGUGUAAUGAGACAAACCCUCUGCUACCUGUGGAAAUGGUUGAGCAUCUGAGAGCAGGCAUUGGUUCCCAAGGACAGAUGGUACAUGUUGAAGAAAUUAAUGGACGAGUAGCCAAUUUUGUCGAGAUUCCAAGUUAUCUAUCUGAAAGAACACAAUCUGCACUUAAAUCUUGCGGGAUCUCGAAGCUGUAUAGUCACCAGGCAGAGUCAAUUCAGGCAUCCCUCGCUGGAAAGAAUGUUGUUAUUUCCACCAUGACAUCUAGUGGAAAAUCUCUGUGCUAUAAUCUACCAGUUCUGGAAGUAUUGUCUCAAGAUCUUUCUGCCUGUGCUCUAUACCUCUUUCCAACAAAGGCCUUGGCACAAGAUCAACUAAGAGCAUUGUUAUCUGUUACAGAAGGUUUUGGUGUAGGGUUAAACAUAGGAAUAUAUGAUGGAGAUACUUCCCAGGAAGAUAGACUCUGGUUGCGUGAUAAUUCUAGACUGUUGAUCACAAAUCCAGAUAUGCUUCACAUGUCAAUCUUGCCGUUUCAUAACCAGUUCCAGCGAUUCUUAUCAAACCUCAGAUAUGUCAUCGUUGAUGAAGCUCAUGCCUAUAAGGGAGCGUUUGGAUGCCAUGCUGCUCUUGUUUUAAGGAGGCUUCGACGGCUCUGUGCUCAUGUUUAUGGGAGUGAUCCAUCUUUUAUAUUUUCCACUGCAACCUCUGCCAAUCCCCGUGAACAUGCAACGGAACUUGCAAGUUUACCAACAAUGGAGCUAAUUCACAAGGAUGGCAGCCCUUCUGGCCCCAAACUGUUUGUCCUCUGGAAUCCUCCUUUACGCAUGAAAACUGUAAAGAAGAGAACUAGAAGUAGCAUACAUACUGAAAAAUUUGAUAGAACGAUAUUUCUUGGACGCUCAAGUCCAAUCUUGGAAGUUUCAUGUCUCUUCGCCGAAAUUGUUCAACAUGGACUUCGUUGCAUUGCAUUUUGCAAAACACGCAAACUGUCUGAACUCGUGUUGAGCUAUACGCGCGAAGUACUUCAGAAGACGGCACCCAAUCUUGUAAAUUCUGUAUUUGCUUAUCGGGCUGGUUAUACUGCUCAGGAUAGGAGAAGAAUUGAGAGUGACCUUUUUAGUGGGAACAUUUGUGGUGUUGCUGCUACAAAUGCACUUGAAUUGGGCAUUGAUGUUGGACACAUUGAUGUCACCCUGCAUCUAGGCUUUCCUGGUAGCAUAGCUAGCCUAUGGCAGCAAGCUGGAAGGUCUGGAAGAAGGGAACAGCCAUCACUUGCUAUAUAUGUUGCAUUUGAAGGACCUCUUGAUCAGUAUUUUAUGAAAUAUCCUCAGAAACUCUUCAGGGGCCCAAUUGAAUGUUGUCAUGUGGAUGCUAAAAACCCGCAGGUGCUUGAACAGCACUUGAUCUGUGCAUCUCUUGAACACCCACUAAGUGUGCUUCAUGAUGAGAAGUAUUUUGGUCCUGGACUAAAAACUUCCAUACUGUCACUUAAAAGAAAGGGAUAUGUUAGUACUGAUCCGUCACGUGGUCCCUCUGCUGAAAUUUGGAACUACAUUGGGCAUGAGAAAAUGCCUUCUCAUGCUGUAAGCCUACGUGCAAUAGAGGCAGAGAGAUACAAGGUAAUUGACAUUAAAAGUGAUCAAGUUCUUGAAGAAAUUGAAGAGAGUAAAGCUUUCUUUCAGGUCUAUGAUGGUGCUGUUUAUAUGCAGCAGGGGAAAACCUAUCUAGUCAAGAAUUUGGAUUUAUCGACUAAAGUUGCUUUGUGUCAGGAAGCUGACUUAAAGUACUACACCAAGACUCGUGAUUACACAGAUGUUGAAGUUGUAGGUGGUCAAAUUGCCUACCCAGCACAGAUUUCUGACAUUCAGUACUCAAGAACAACUGCCCAAUCAAACCCGUGCAAAGUGACUACUACCUGGUUUGGAUUUCGACGUAUAUGGAGAGGAAGCAACCAAGUAUUUGAUACUGUUGAUCUCUCACUUCCUAGUUAUUCAUACGAGUCACGGGCUGUCUGGAUUCGAGUACCACAAGUGCUCAAAACAGCUGUUGAAGCAGAAAAUUAUUCAUUUCGUGGAGGCCUGCAUGCUGCUGGUCAUGCACUACUGCAUAUUGUGCCUCUAUAUAUUAUUUGCAACUCUUCUGAUUUGGCUUCAGAAUGUGUAAAUCCUUACGAUGCUCGUUAUAUUCCUGAAAGAAUUCUACUAUAUGAUUCCCGUCCUGGAGGAACAGGCAUUUCAGCACAGGUUCAACCUAUUUUCACGGAGCUUCUAACCGCUGCAUUGGAACUGAUCACAUCUUGCUGCUGCUCUGGCGAUGCCGGUUGUCCCAACUGUGUUCAAAAUCUUUCUUGCAACGAGUACAAUGAAGUUUUGCAUAAAGAAGCAGCUAUGAUGAUCAUUAAGGGUGUUUUAGAACUGGAGAAAUCAAACUUACUUCCAUAACUUGUUGAGGUUUGUAACUUCUUUCUUUGUUAUAUUCUGUAAAUUGUAGUCACUUCUUCAUCAUUCAAAUGCUAGUAUUAAUUAAUCUUGGUGGUGGUUAUAGC